CUGGUGUGAUUGCUCUGUUGGAUGAGAAGGAGGCAGAAUUGAAGGUAUUUGCUUUGAAGAAACUGAAUUAUAUUGUAGAUGAAUUUUGGGCUGAAGUAUCUGAUAUUGUGACUAAGAUUGAAGUGUUAUAUGAAGAUGAAAGUUUCAUUGAACGAAAACUUGCUGCUUUGGUAGCAUCUAAGGUCUAUUAUCACCUGGGUGCAUUUGAAGAAUCUCUGACCUAUGCUCUUGGUGCUGGUGAGCUUUUCAACGUCAAUGCCACAUCAGAAUAUGUUGAAACUAUCAUUGCCAAAUGUAUUGAUUAUUACACCAAACUGAAAUUGCAAAAUGCUGAGGAGCUGCAGGAUAAUCAAACACCUAUUGACCCUCGACUUGAAGCAGUGGUAAAUAGAAUGUUUCAGAGAUGUUUUGAUGAUGCCAAGUAUAAGCAGGCAGUUGGGAUUGCUUUGGAAACGAGAAGAAUUGAUAUCUUCAAAGACGCUAUCAUGAAAUCAGAUGAUGUUUCUGGAAUGCUGACCUACAGUGUGAAAGUUUGUAUGUCACUGAUACAAAACAGGCAGUUCAGAAAUACAGUUUUGAAAGUGUUGGUUAAUUUAUAUCUGAAUUUAUCCAUUCCUGAUUAUAUCAAUGUAUGUCAGUGUUUUAUAUUUCUGGAUGACCCACAAGCAGUUGCUGAUAUUCUAGAAAAGUUGCUCAAAGAUACUGAGGAAACCACAUUAAUGGCUUACCAGAUUGGUUUUGAUCUGUAUGAAAGUGCAACCCAGAAAUUUCUAUCUAGAGUUCAAGCAGCACUACGAGCUGUCGCACCACUUCCUAUUCCUGGUACACCAGCCUCAAUAGCAACUUCAACUACGGUUACACCAGCUUCCACAGCAACACCUUCAAAAGACAGUGAUGCAAUGGAGACAGAUGAUUCAUCUCGUGCUACUUCAGAAACACCAGUGGAAACUCCAAAACCUAACCAAUUGACUGAAACAGAUAAAUUACAUCAAGACAGAAUCACGAAGUUAACCACAAUACUCGGUGGAGAGACUACCAUAGAUUUGCACUUACAGUUUUUAAUAAGAACUAAUAAAGGUGAUUUGCAGAUAUUAAAAAAUACAAAGGAUGCAGUUCGUAAUUCAGUGUGCCACACAGCUACUGUUAUUGCCAAUUCUUUUAUGCACUGUGGAACAACUUCAGAUCAGUUUCUAAGGGAUAACUUGGAAUGGUUAGCUAGAGCUACAAACUGGGCUAAGUUCACAGCCACUGCAAGUUUAGGGGUCAUACAUAAAGGACAUGAAAAAGAAGCCCUUAAUUUGAUGUCAACAUAUCUGCCCAAGGAUACCGGCCCAGGGAGUGCUUAUCAAGAAGGUGGUGGACUAUAUGCACUUGGAUUAAUACAUGCUAAUCAUGGUGGUGAAAUUACAGAUUAUCUAUUAAACCAGCUUAAAGAGGCUUCCAGUGAUAUGAUUCGUCAUGGUGGGUGCCUGGGUCUAGGUUUGGCUGCUAUGGGCACUGCCAGAAUGGAUGUAUAUGAACAGUUGAAAUUCAAUCUAUAUCAAGACGAUGCUGUCACAGGUGAAGCUGCAGGGCUAGCUAUGGGCUUAGUAAUGAUUGGCUCCAAAUAUCCCACAGCAAUUGAAGACAUGGUUGCUUAUGCACAAGAAACUCAACAUGAGAAGAUUUUGAGAGGUCUUUCUCUAGGUAUUUCCUUGACUAUGUUUGGCCGAUUAGAAGAAGCUGAUGCUUUGAUUGAAAGUCUUACAAGAGACAAGGAUCCUUUACUACGUGCAUCUGGAAUGUACACUGUAGCUAUGGCAUACUGUGGUACUGGACAUAACAAAGCAAUUCGCAAAUUACUACAUGUAGCAGUUAGUGAUGUCAAUGAUGAUGUGAGAAGAGCUGCUGUUACUGCCCUUGGUUUUCUUCUCUUCAGAACCCCAGAGCAGUGUCCAAGUGUUGUGUCACUAUUAUCUGAAAGUUACAAUCCUCAUGUACGAUAUGGCGCUGCAAUGGCAUUGGGAAUUGCUUGUUCAGGAACAGGAAAUAAGGAAGCCAUCAACUUGUUGGAGCCUAUGACCAAUGAUCCAGUGAAUUAUGUCAGACAAGGAGCAUUUAUAGCAUCUGCUUUGAUUAUGAUACAACAGAAUGAAGUCACAUGUCCUAAGGUUGCUAGUUUCCGCACAAUGUACUCUAAAGUAAUCAAUGAUAAACAUGAUGAUGUUAUGGCUAAAUACGGUGCUAUCAUGGCACAAGGAAUCAUUGACGCAGGUGGUCGUAAUGUUACCAUACAACUACAGUCUCGUACUGGCCAUACUCAUAUGCCAUCAGUGGUUGGCUUACUGGUAUUCACACAUUUCUGGUUUUGGUUCCCAUUAUCACACUUCUUGUCGCUGUCUCUAACAUCGACUGCUCUGAUUGGUCUCAAUGCAGAUCUUUUGAUGCCAAUUAUACAGUUCAAGUCUAAUGCCAAGCCAUCUCAGUAUGCCUAUCCACCACCUCUGGAAACUCCUAAGGAAAAAGAAAAGGAAAAAGUCACUACAGCCGUGCUUUCAAUCACUGCUAAACAGAAGAAGAAAGAGAAGAAGGAAGAAGCGGAAAAGAUGGAAGUGGAUGAUGAAAAGAAAGAUGAAGACAAAGAAAAGAAAGUGGAGAAAAAAGAAAAGGAUGCCAACAAAGAAAAAGAGGAAAAGAAGGAAGAGAAGGAAAAAGAGAAAGAGAAAGAAAAGAAGGAACCAGAGCCCACAUUUGAGAUGUUGUCUAACCCAGCAAGAGUUAUGACAGCUCAGUUGAAAGUCAUUACUAUGCCUGAGAAAGCUAGAUAUGUACCACUGAAGCAGGUUCAUAUUGGUGGAAUUAUUAUGAUGAAAGAUAAUAAAUCAGAUGAACCAGAAGAUCUUAUUCAACCUGUACCAGCUGGAGGACCAAAGAUUGAAGAGGAAGAUGAACCUGAACCACCAGAGCCAUUUGAAUACAUUGAAGACUAAGAUUACAACUAUUGUAUCUUCAUUAUUAACAAGGGAAAAAAAGGAUCUUCAUUCUCUUCAUAACUUUUCAAUUAACACAUUGUAUAAAUGUUAGUUGAAGUUCUAAUUGCUUUGCUUUUUAAAUCAUUGAAUUUUGUCAUAUCGAGCAAAAUGUUUCCUAGAAACUAUGGCAUGUGAUAAACAAGCAUUUAUCUGAUGUGCUUCUAAUAAAUAUUGAAUCAAACAUUGAAAUGUUCAUCUAGUAUGAUCUCUACAACUAUAUUAAUAAACACCAUUAAAUGUUCAAUACCUGCUUACUUUGAGAAAUAGUGCUGUCUGAAUGUUUAAACUUGAAUCUCACCCAUUUUGUUUUACUUCUGUGUAAUCAUCACUUUUGUAUGUAUCCCAGUACAAUAAAGUUUUAUUAGAUUUAAA